UUCUGUAGCUGAGCUUUUAACUUGAAGCUCUUCAGACUGCACACAGCUUGAUCCAGUUCUUAGUCAAGUCCCGCUUAUUCCUAUCUUCAGUGGUUUCUUCAGAGCUUUCUGCUCCAGUUGUUUUUCAAACAGUUGCAAAUUAAGAAUGGAAUUCCAAAGCAGACAAGAGUCCUGUGCAAUUCCAGAGAAUGAAGAAAUAUCCAACAUUCCUCAAACUGCCCAUGAUAACUAUGCGAAAGAGGGCGAAAGAGCUGUGUCAAAGUUGCAGCGCAGGCAUAGUGACAUAAAAGUAUAUAAAGAAAUAUGUGACUUCUAUGCAAAAUUCAACAUGGCCAAUGCUCUUGCCAAUGCCAUGUGUGAACGCUGCCGAGGAGGCUUUGCACCUGCAGAAAAGAUUGUGAACAGCAACGGGGAGCUAUACCACGAACAGUGCUUUGUGUGUGCCCAGUGCUUCCAGCAAUUCCCCGAGGGACUUUUUUAUGAGUUUGAAGGAAGGAAGUACUGUGAACAUGACUUUCAGAUGCUUUUUGCCCCUUGCUGUCAUCAAUGUGGGGAGUUCAUUAUCGGUCGGGUUAUUAAAGCUAUGAACAAUAGCUGGCAUCCAGAAUGUUUCUGUUGUGAUAUCUGCCAACAGGUACUGGCAGAUAUUGGAUUUGUGAAGAAUGCUGGCAGACAUCUUUGUCGUCCUUGCCAUAAUCGGGAGAAAGCCAGAGGUCUUGGCAAAUAUAUUUGCCAAAAGUGCCAUGCCAUAAUUGAUGAACAGCCGCUUAUCUUCAAGAAUGAUCCUUAUCAUCCUGAUCAUUUCAACUGUGCCAACUGCGGAAAGGAACUGACUGCAGAAGCUCGAGAAUUGAAGGGAGAGCUGUAUUGCUUGCCUUGCCAUGAUAAAAUGGGGGUCCCCAUCUGUGGAGCAUGCAGGAGACCAAUUGAAGGGCGAGUGGUAAAUGCUAUGGGCAAGCAGUGGCAUGUUGAGCAUUUUGUUUGUGCCAAGUGUGAGAAACCAUUUCUGGGUCAUCGUCACUAUGAAAGGAAGGGGCUGGCGUAUUGUGAAACCCAUUAUAAUCAGCUCUUUGGUGAUGUGUGUUUUCAUUGUAACCGGGUGAUUGAAGGUGAUGUUGUCUCUGCCUUGAAUAAAGCAUGGUGUGUAAAUUGCUUUGCAUGUUCUACUUGUAACACCAAGUUAACAUUGAAGGACAAAUUUGUUGAAAUCGAUCUCAAACCUGUCUGCAGACACUGUUAUGAAAAAAUGCCAGAAGAAUUUAAACGGAGACUUGCCAAACGGGAGCGUGAAGCCAAGGAUAAGGAUAAACAUAAAAAGAAAAAGCCUGUCUGUCUGUAAAGCUUUCAUUUCUACCUUUCACCACCUGUGCUCCUCCCUUUCUUUGAAAUAAAUUUGUGGAAUUUGAUAUGAAGCCUGUCUGUAAGAAGUGCUAUGAGAAGUUCCCACUGGAGCUCAAGAAGAGACUGAAGAAAUUGGCUGAAACUCUAGGAAGGAAAUAAAAUAUUUAAUCUAGCUAUUCAAAAUUAAGAAAAUGAGAUUCAUAUUCCCACUUAUUUUCACUGUGUUUAUGAACUCUGUGCUCUUAAAAAAUCCCUUUGCAUGACUAGCUUAAUAUAAUAUAUACCUUGCCAUAAAAUCUUUAAUGUCUUAUGUAAUGCUAUAUGUACCCUUUAAAUUAUACAUUUUAUGUUUAUAUAAUUUUUAGAUAACUCAGUCAUAAGUGGAAGAUUAAAACAUAGCCUUUAAAUUGCAAUAGAGAUCAGUUUAUUGGGCCACUGGUGCUGAUCUCAGAUGAACAUAAUUUAGCACAGUCUCCUCUUACCUAGAAUCUUCAAAAUGUGCUGAGCUUUUAAUUUCCAGAAUUUUCAACCAGCCCUACAGAUUAGGAAAGCAAAUUCUCUUGGAAAUAAUCCAGAUCUCAGCAUUAUAUGCCUGCUAGGGAGCAAUUGCUGGAGCAAAACAAAGUAAAACUUUAAGGAUAGCAAUUUAUAAACACUAACCUGUAAAUCCCAUUCAACUCAUCGGUCUCAGCUCUGUAGACAGAUAUAGGAUUACAUGGUUAAGUAUAUAGAAAAAUUCAUGGGCUCAUGGCCAUAGUAUUUACUAAUACAGAUAGGGAUAAUUUUUCAAAAAAUCAGACUUGUGUGAUGGCUUUGAAGCAUAUUUUAUCUAAUAAGUUUUAUAUUUCAUCUUAUUUAGGAUCAAAAGAAAGGAGAUAUCUUUCCUUUGAUUCUAAACUCAACUCUCGUGUUAAAAAUUAUGAGACAAAAGACUACAGAUUUUUUUGUAGGCAAUGAGUUCUUAUUUAAUCUCAACUUAUGAAUUGAUAACACAAUGGUUUUCCAAUAUUAUAUUAUUGUCGUAAGGAAAAUGGCAAUAAUAUAAACAAAUAUUCUCAAGAUUUAAGAAGAGUUUAUAUUCUAUCAGGGCAUCUUAUUGAUUCUGUCCACUAGCUCAACAGAACAUUUAAAUUAUUGAGAUCUUUUUUUAAAAAAAAAUAGAAGUCAAAUUGGAGGGAAUUGUAAUCAAAUCUUAGCCCAAACUAUCACAAACGCAGAAAUGAUUUCUUCAGAAAGUUUCUGAUAACUGUAGUUGUUUGAGAACUGCAGUGAAUGCUUUUAGAUUCUGUUAAGCCUGAAGCCCAAAGUGUGAGAUGCCAACAUAUUUCUGUGUCAGCAAAGUUCACCUACUUGAAUUUUGUAAGAAUUUUUUCUUGGAUCUUUUGGUAUUUUAUUUCACUGUGCCUUAAUUAUGCUGUAUAUUUACAAUAUUAAUUAAAAUAUAUACUCAUAUUAUUUUAUUAAAUAAUAUAUGCCUUAUACUCUAAGAAAUGCCAUAUACUAAACAUUUUGAACUUUGUUUAAAAUAAUGGAAAGUAUUAAGGAUGCAAAGCACAUUUCCUUCCCCUCUUCAGCUCAUUUAUUUUUAAAUUGAAAUGAAAUAAAACCUGAACAUAUUUCAA